AUGGCACAUACUGCACUUGACGAUGAAGAAAUCAUCGAAUAUUUCGAUACACCGGAUGAGCUCGACCGGAAAGUCAAAACUCUGGCAGACUUUAUUCGAAACGCCAAACAUUUUAUAGUGUAUACUGGAGCAGGGAUCUCGACAGCAGCUGGUAUUAAUGAUUUUCGUGGUCCUACAGGUGUUUGGACAUCACGAGCAAAAGGAGUUGCACCACCACCACGAACUGUUCACCAUCCCGAGCCAACAUUGACGCAUAUGUCUUUUGUCGAAUUGAUGCGAAACGGAUAUUUAAAAUUCUUAGUUUCUCAAAACUGCGAUGGUCUCCAUUUGAAAAGUGGAAUACCAACAAACAAAAUCGCCGAACUUCAUGGAAAUUGCAAUUGUGAAGCUUGUGCAAAAUGUGGAAAAGUUUACUAUAGGCAAACACGUGUUAAUUCAGUUACGGACAAAACUCGACUAACUGGAAAUAUGUGUACAACACCAGAUUGCAAUGGGCGUUUACGCAAGACAACUGUUGCAUUUUCUCAAUCGAUGCCUAAUGUUUGCAUCGAUCGAGCAACUGAAGAGUCGAAAAAAUGUGAUUUAAGUUUAUGUAUGGGAACAUCGAUGCGAGUUUCACCUGCAUUGAGUGAAAUUUCUUUUCCUUCGUCUAUUCUAAUUACCAUUCGCCUUUCGAACAAAGAUUUACAAAAAACACCUUACGAUGAUCAAUGUGCAUUGCGAAUAUUUGCACGAUGCGACGACGUCAUGAAAAUGGUCAUGAAAGAACUGGAUUUGGUUAUUCCACCUUAUACCGAUUUACAGUUAUGGUCGAAUGCUGAGUGGUUGGCAGAUUUCGAACGUAACUGGCCUUUUCGAACUGCCGGUGAAACAGACUGGUUUUCAGGAGAUAUUUAA